ACUCCAAAUUUCCAGUUAUAAAUAAAUAAACGUGGCGUAAGUCGCUAAGAUCUCGCCUCUUCUCAACCCUCUCAUUACAUAAGUUUCCAUUGAAACAACCUUCGUUUCAUUUCAUCACAUUUCCUUUGAAAACUGAAUUAAAAAUAAAUAAGUAAAUAAACCAAAAUCUAACUGAAGGAAAGCAGAUAGGAAAAGAGAAAAGAUAUUCAAAACGACAGAUGUCGGACGCGUAUUGUUCGGAUUGCAAGAGGAGCACGGAGGUGGUGUUUGAUCACUCUGCGGGUGAUGCGGUGUGUUCCGAGUGCGGACUGGUGUUGGAAUCGCACUCCAUCGACGAGACGUCGGAGUGGAGGACGUUUGCAAAUGAAUCGGGUGAUAACGACCCGGUCCGUGUCGGAGGUCCGACCAACCCGCUUUUGGCCGAUGGUGGGCUUGCAACGGUUAUCGCGAAACCGAAUGGAGCUUCGGGCGAGUUCUUAUCGUCGUCGCUUGGUCGGUGGCAGAAUCGCGGGUCUAAUCCGGAUCGGGGUUUGAUUAUGGCUUUUAAAACCAUUGCUACUAUGUCUGAUAGGUUGGGCCUUGUUGCAACCAUUAAGGAUCGGGCAAAUGAGAUAUAUAAGAAGGUGGAAGAUCAAAAAUCUAGUAGAGGAAGAAAUCAGGAUGCAUUAUUGGCUGCUUGCCUGUACAUUGCUUGUCGACAAGAAGACAAGCCACGCACUGUUAAGGAAAUAUGCUCUGUCGCCAAUGGAGCUACAAAGAAGGAAAUUGGCCGAGCAAAAGAAUACAUUGUCAAACAGCUGAAGCCAGAGGCUGGUCAGUCAGUGGAGAUGGCUCAGAUGGGAACUAUACAUGCUGGGGACUUCAUGAGGCGCUUUUGUUCCAAUCUUGGUAUGAAUAAUCAAGCAGUAAAAGCUGCCCAAGAAGCUGUUCAGAAGUCGGAGGAGUUUGAUAUAAGGAGGAGCCCUAUAUCAAUUGCAGCUGCUGUUAUUUAUAUUAUAACUCAGCUUUCAGAUGACAAGAAGCUGCUCCGGGAUAUUUCACUUGCUACUGGAGUUGCAGAAGGGACAAUAAGAAAUUCAUACAAAGAUCUCUAUGCCCAUGUCUCAAAAAUAAUACCAAAUUGGUAUGCCAAGGAGGAGGAUCUUAAAAACCUUUGCAGUCCAUAAAAUGCAGAGCAUACAAAAAAGGUGAAACCAAGAGCUUCAAGCUUAAUUGUUUUUUUAAUUUUUUUUUAAUACCUUAGAUGGGAAAAAGGAAAAAGAGCUACUCGUAAUUUAUUUAUUUUAGUGUAUGUUUGAACAAGGUAACUAUUAACCUGGAGCUUUCAUCAAGUCAAUCCUUGAAUUUGACGUGAUUUACUGUCUAACAUUACGGUGGAAUUAAGACUAUGUUCUAUAUUGAUUGA